UACUGCGUCAUUUGUGCGCGAUCCCACGGCACCGCCGAGAGCUCCGAUCGAUCGGGGGAGCGAUUCGUCCUUUCAGGUUAGUGCUGCGAGGCUAGCGCGGCGCGAGCUAGAUCCAAGAUGCUGACGACGUUCGAGACGAAGAGCAAUCGCGUCAAGGGCCUGAGCUUCCAUCCCAAGCGGCCAUGGAUCUUGGCCAGUCUCCACACCGGCGUCAUUCAUCUGUGGGAUUACCGGAUGGGAUCUCUCAUAGAUCGCUUCGACGAGCACGACGGCCCGGUUCGCGGCGUUCAUUUCCACAGCUCUCAGCCUCUUUUCGUCUCGGGAGGCGAUGACUACAAGAUCAAGGUCUGGAACUACAAGGCGAGAAGGUGCCUGUUCACGCUGCUGGGGCAUUUGGAUUACAUCCGGACUGUUCAGUUCCAUCAGGAGUAUCCCUGGAUCGUGAGUGCCAGCGACGAUCAAACCAUCAGGAUUUGGAACUGGCAGUCGCGGACGUGCGUUUCCGUGCUCACGGGACACAAUCACUACGUCAUGUGUGCUUCGUUUCACGUCAAGGACGAUCUCGUGGUGUCGGCAUCGCUGGAUCAGACUGUUCGUGUGUGGGAUAUCAGCUCUCUCAGGAAGAAGACGGUCUCUCCAGCCGAGGAUCUUCUGAUGCUCACGCAGAUGAACAGCGAUCUUUUUGGCGGCGGUGAUGUGGUGGUCAAGUAUGUUCUCGAGGGACAUGACAGGGGUGUCAACUGGGCUGCUUUUCAUCCGAGCUUGCCGCUCAUUGUCUCUGGCGCUGACGAUCGACAAGUUAAGCUGUGGAGGAUAAAUGACACAAAGGCUUGGGAGGUUGAUACUUUGCGCGGUCACACCAACAACGUUUCCUGUGUCCUGUUCCACGCUCGCCAGGACAUCAUCGUCUCUAACUCGGAGGACAAAACUAUUCGAGUCUGGGACUUGUCCAAGCGUUCGGCCGUGCAAACUUUCAGGAGGGACCACGACCGUUUCUGGGUUAUCUGUGGCCACCCCGAGAUGAACCUUCUUGCGGCAGGGCAUGACAGUGGAAUUAUAGUCUUCAAGCUCGAAAGGGAGAGGCCGGCUUAUACAAUCAGUGCAGGGGUGCUGUAUUACGUCAAAGAAAAGAGUUUGAGGACUUACGACUUUGCCACUUCGGAGGACACAUCACUGAUAAACAUUCGAAGAGCGGGGCUGAAUCAGGCGCCUAGAACGUUGUCUUACAAUCCAGCUGAGAACGCCGUUCUUUUAUGCUCGGACGUUGACAACGGUACGUACGAGCUUUACAUCAUCCCAAGGGACAGCAUCAGAAACGACACUUUGGAACCGAAGAAAGGCAGCGGGUCGUCGGCCGUUUUCGUGGCCCGCAACCGCUUUGCUGUUCUGGACAAGGCGCACGGCUUGAUUCUAGUCAAGAAUCUCAGGAACGAGGUCUCCAAGAGAGUCGAGGCUCCAUCUGCGACAGUUGAUGCCAUCUUCUAUGCGGGGACGGGAACUCUUCUCUGUCGCUCAGACGACAAGAUGAUCUUGUUUGACCUCCAACAGAAGGCGGUUUUGGGAGAGAUUCACAGCCCCCAAGUGAAGUACGUGGUUUGGUCACUGGACAUGGAGGCCGUGGCUCUGGUGAGCAAGCAUAGCGUCGUCAUGACGACGAAGACGCUGGCUCUCAAGUGCAGCGUUCACGAGACUAUCCGUAUCAAGAGUGCUGCAUGGGAUGACAAAGGGGUGCUCUUCUACACGACUCUGAACCACAUCAAGUACUGUCUUCCAAAUGGAGAUAACGGCACCAUCUCGACUCUGGACGUUCCAAUCUACAUAACUCGGGUGGCCGGCGACAAAGUCUAUUUCCUGGACAGGGAGGGGAAAGUUAAGACCAUCACCAUUGACACGACGGAGUUCACGUUUAAGCUGGCGCUGCUCCAGGAACGAUACGAUCGAGUUUUGGAAAUGAUCAGGAGCUCUCGACUUUGUGGACAGGCGAUCAUCUCAUAUCUGCAGCAGAAGGGAUUCCCCGAGGUAGCCCUGCAUUUCGUGAAGGACGAGAGGACCAAGUUCAAUCUGGCCAUCGAGUGUGGCAACAUCGAAGUCGCAGUUGCUUCAGCAAAAGAGAUUGACGAGAAGGAUUACUGGUACAGGCUGGGGGUGGAAGCUUUAAGGCAGGGCAACCACGAGAUUGUGGAGUACGCAUAUCAGCGAACAAGGAACUUUGAGAGGCUGUCGUUCCUCUACCUGAUAACCGGGAAUUUGGACAAGCUGUCGAGGAUGCUGAAGAUCGCAGAGACGAGAAACGACGUGAUGGGAUGCUUUCACAACGCCUUAUACCUGGGUGACGUCGAAGAGCGGGUCAAGUUACUUGAGAAAACGGGACACGUUCCUCUUGCAUACGCAACUGCGGCUGUUCAUGGGCUUGUUGAGGUGGCGGAGCGUCUGGCUACAGAGCUGGGUGACAAGGUGCCACAGAUUCCUAAGCUUGAGAAGUCGAAGUUGCUAGUGCCGCCAUCUCCAAUUCUCCGGGACAGCAACUGGCCGCUGCUCUUGAUCAGCAGAGGCUUUUUCGAAGGCGGCUUUGCCGAGCCUGGGGUAGUGGACCAAGAGGAAGAAAACGCUCCGGAUGAAUGGGGUGAAGAACUCGUCAUCAUACCAGGCGGAGAGUCUCAAAGAACUGGCGAAAUGGAAGAGAUCGAGGAGAUUCAAAGAGCCGGAGCUGGAGCUGAGGAGGGCGAAGAAGAGGGAGGCUGGGAGCUGGAAGACCUGGAACUUCCGCCGGAGGUGGUGCAGAGCCAAAACGCUACAACGUCCAGCUUCUUCGCUGGUGUAACUCCAGGAGCUCCGGUCACUCAACUCUGGACGCAAAGGUCCUCCUUGGCUGCCGAUCACGUGGCCGCUGGAGCCUUCGACAGUGCAAUGCGCCUCCUCAAUCGGCAACUCGGGAUCAAAAACUUCGCGCCGCUGCAACUGGUGUUUUGCGACCUCCACCUCGCGAGCCAGAGCUCGCUUGGGGCCUUCAAGCCGGUGGAGUCCCUGACGUAUGGCCUCGAGAGAGGCUGGUCGGACUCGCCGCCUCCAAACGUCCGCAACGGGCCAGCGCUGAUCUACAAGCUCUCCCAGCUGGAGGACCGAGCCAAGCAGGCCUACAAGCUCACCACCGAAGGCAAAUUCACUGAAGCUCUCCGCCUCUUCCUCGCCAUCCUUCACACCGUCCCGGUGAUUGUCGUGGACAGCCGCAAAGAGGUGGACGACGUCAAGGACCUGAUCGGCAAGAGCAAGGAGUACGUCCUGGCGCUCAAGAUGGAGCUCAAGCGCAAGGAUCUCAGGGACGAGCCCGUCCGCCAGGCCGAGCUCGCGGCGUACUUCCCUCACUGCGACAUCCAGCCUUCGCACGUCCGGCUCGGCUUACAGUCGGCUAUGGCGGCCUCGUAUCGGUGCGGGAACUUCGCCACGGCGGCGCAGCUCGCGAGGCGAUUGCUCGACAUGAAUCCAAACCAGGCCAGCAUCGCCAAGGCGCGGCAGCUCCUCCAGGCGUGCGAGAGGAACCCCCGCGACGAGAAGAGGAUGAACUACGACGGCAGGAACCCGUUCGUGGUGUGUGGAGCAACGUUUACGCCCAUCUACGCGGGCAGCAGGUCGGUGUCGUGCCCCUACUGCGCUGCUCGGUUCGUCCCCGAGGUGGCGGGCAGGAUUUGCAGCGUUUGCGACUUGGCGGUGGUGGAUGCUGACGCUUCCGGGCUUGUGUGUUGCCCGACUCAAUCGCGGUGAUCAAUCAACUAACGUUUUUAAAAGAAAAAGAGCGCGAAACAUAAUUAUAGGGUUUAUAAAUAAUAUCCGGGUUUAGUGUCUAGGGUUUAGGUUCCUAUUCCAUAUGUAGUUAGAGCCGAUGAGAUAUGGAACAAAGCUCGAAAGAAUAGUCAUAUA